UAAUUGACCCUAAAAGGAGGGUUGGUCCUCCAUGGUCGCUGGAGAUUUCAGUAUAAAAGAAGCUCUGCAAGUUGGCCCUGAACUUCAGGACUGACGGGCCCCCAGGAAAGUAUCCUCACACCAAGUGCAUCACCGAAAGACAAACAAGUGGAGCCAUGAGUUCAGAUCCGGAGAUGGAGUGUUUUGGCCCGGCGGCCGUGUACCUUCGGAAACCAGAAAGGGAGAGAAUUGAGGCUCAAAACACUCCUUUUGAUGCCAAAACAGCUUACUUUGUAACAGAGCAAGCUGAGAUGUACCUGAAGGGUAAACUAGUGAAGAAGGAGGGAGGCAAAGCUACUGUUGAAGUUCAGGGUGGAAAGACUCUAACCGUGAAGGAAGAUGAAAUCUUCCCCAUGAACCCACCGAAGUUUGAUAAAAUUGAGGACAUGGCCAUGAUGACCCACCUCAGUGAGCCUGCUGUGCUGUAUAACCUCAAAGAGCGAUAUGCAGCAUGGAUGAUCUACACUUACUCUGGGCUGUUCUGCGUCACUGUGAACCCCUACAAGUGGCUCCCAGUGUACGAUGCAGUGGUUGUUGCAGGAUACAGGGGCAAGAAGAGAAUUGAGGCUCCUCCCCACAUCUUCUCCAUCUCUGAUAAUGCUUAUCAGUUCAUGCUCCAAGAUCGUGAAAAUCAGUCAAUCCUGAUUACUGGAGAAUCUGGUGCAGGAAAGACUGUGAACACCAAACGUGUCAUCCAGUACUUUGCGACAAUCGCAGUAGCAUCCUCUGGAAAGAAAGCUGAACCAAUUCCUGGAAAAAUGCAGGGUUCGCUGGAAGAUCAAAUCAUCGCAGCUAACCCCCUGCUGGAGGCCUAUGGUAAUGCCAAAACAGUGAGAAAUGACAACUCAUCUCGUUUUGGUAAAUUCAUCCGAAUCCAUUUUGGAACAUCUGGAAAGCUGGCUUCAGCUGAUAUUGAAACAUAUCUGCUGGAGAAGUCUCGUGUGACGUUCCAGCUGUCUGCUGAGAGAAGUUAUCACAUCUUCUACCAGCUCACAACAGGUCACAAACCUGAGCUGAUAGAGGCUCUCCUCAUCACCACCAAUCCUUAUGACUUUCCUAUGAUCAGUCAGGGAGAAAUCACUGUCAAGAGUAUCAAUGACGUUGAAGAAUUCAUGGCCACUGAUACUGCCAUUGACAUCCUUGGUUUCACUGCAGAGGAGAAAGUCAGCAUCUACAAACUGACAGGUGCUGUGAUGCAUCAUGGGAACAUGAAGUUCAAGCAGAAGCAGCGUGAAGAGCAGGCUGAGCCUGAUGGCACUGAGGUUGCUGAUAAAAUCGCCUAUCUCAUGGGCCUGAACUCUGCUGACAUGCUUAAAGCUUUGUGUUACCCCAGGGUUAAGGUUGGAAAUGAAAUGGUGGUCAAAGGUCAAACUGUCCCACAGGUGCAUAAUGCAGUGAGUGCUCUCUGCAAGUCUGUCUAUGAGAAGAUGUUCUUGUGGAUGGUUGUCAGAAUCAAUGAGAUGUUGGACACCAAACAGCCAAGGAGCUUCUUUAUCGGUGUCUUGGACAUUGCUGGCUUUGAAAUCUUUGAUUUCAACAGCUUGGAGCAGCUGUGCAUCAACUUUACCAAUGAAAAACUGCAACAGUUCUUCAACCAUCACAUGUUCGUCCUGGAACAAGAAGAGUAUAAGAAAGAGGGAAUUGAAUGGGAGUUCAUUGACUUUGGCAUGGACUUGGCUGCAUGCAUUGAGCUCAUUGAGAAGCCGCUGGGCAUCUUCUCCAUCCUUGAAGAGGAGUGUAUUGUUCCCAAGGCAACAGACAUGACCUUCAAGAGCAAACUGUAUGACCAACAUGUGGGAAAAAGUGCCCCCUUCCAGAAGCCAAAACCUGCCAAAGGCAAAGCUGAGGCUCAUUUCUCCCUGGUGCACUAUGCUGGCACUGUGGACUACAAUGUCAAUGGCUGGCUGGAUAAGAACAAAGACCCGCUGAAUGACUCUGUGGUGCAGCUUUACCAGAAGUCUGCAAAUAAACUUCUCGCUCACCUAUAUGCAUCCCACGCAGGAACAGAUGAUGCCAAAGGUGGGAAGAAGGGUGGAGGCAAGAAGAAAGGUGGCUCAUUCCAAACGGUUUCAGCUCUUUUCAGGGAAAACCUUGGAAAGCUGAUGACUAACUUGAGGAGCACUCAUCCACAUUUUGUACGCUGUCUUAUUCCUAAUGAAUCCAAAACCCCAGGUUUAAUGGAGAACUUCCUGGUCAUCCACCAGCUAAGGUGUAACGGUGUGCUGGAGGGAAUCAGGAUCUGCAGGAAAGGUUUCCCCAGCAGGAUCCUCUAUGGUGACUUCAAGCAGAGGUACAAAGUACUGAAUGCUAGUGUCAUUCCUGAAGGCCAAUUCAUUGACAAUAAGAAGGCCUCUGAAAAACUCCUCGGAUCCAUCAAUAUUGACCACACUCAGUAUAGGUUUGGCCACACUAAGGUGUUCUUUAAGGCUGGCCUGCUGGGCACACUGGAGGAGAUGAGGGAUGAGAAACUAGUUCAGCUGGUCACAAUGACCCAGGCUCUCUGCAGAGGUUAUGUGAUGAGGAAGGAAUUUGUAAAGAUGAUGGAAAGAAGGGAAUCCAUUUUCACUAUCCAGUACAACAUCCGUGCAUUCAUGAAUGUCAAGACUUGGCCAUGGAUGAAGCUGUACUUCAAGAUUAAGCCUCUCCUGAAGAGUGCAGAGACAGAGAAAGAGAUGGCCCAAAUGAAGGAGGACUUUGAAAAGACCAAAGAGGAGCUGGCGAAGGCUUUGGCUAAGAAGAAGGAACUGGAGGAGAAAAUGGUUUCUCUCCUUCAGGAGAAGAAUGACCUGCAGCUGCAGGUUCAGUCGGAGGGCGAAACCCUGGCUGAUGCAGAGGAAAGAUGUGAGCAGCUGAUUAAAGCUAAAAUCCAACUUGAGGCCAAAGUUAAAGAGACGUCCGAAAGACUGGAGGAUGAGGAGGAAAUAAAUGCUGAGCUCACAGCGAAGAAGAGGAAACUGGAGGACGAGUGCUCUGAGUUGAAGAAGGACAUCGAUGACUUAGAGCUGACUCUGGCCAAAGUGGAAAAGGAGAAACAUGCCACUGAAAACAAGGUUAAAAAUCUUGUAGAGGAAAUGGCUUCUCAGGAUGAGACCAUUGCUAAACUGACAAAGGAGAAGAAAGCCCUCCAAGAGGCUCAUCAACAGAUUCUAGAUGACCUGCAAGCAGAGGAAGACAAAGUCAACACUCUGACCAAAGCCAAGACGAAGCUGGAGCAACAAGUGGAUGAUCUUGAGGGUUCGUUGGAGCAGGAAAAGAAGCUCCGUAUGGAUCUGGAACGUGCCAAAAGGAAGCUGGAAGGAGAUUUAAAACUGGCUCAAGAAACCAUAAUGGAUCUGGAGAAUGACAAACAGCAGUCUGAUGAAAAGAUAAAAAAGAGAGACUUUGAGAUAAGCCAGCUACUGGGCAAGAUAGAAGAUGAGCAAACAAUUGGUGUUCAACUUAAUAAGAAAAUCAAGGAACUUCAGGCUCGUAUUGAGGAGCUGGAAGAGGAGAUUGAGGCUGAGCGAGCAGCUCGGGCCAAAGUGGAGAAGCAGAGAUCUGAUCUCUCUAGAGAACUCGAGGAGAUCAGCGAGAGGCUGGAGGAGGCUGGAGGAGCCACAUCUGUUCAGAUUGAGAUGAACAAGAAGCGCGAGGCUGAGUUUCAGAAGCUGCGCCGUGACCUUGAAGAGGCCACCCUGCAGCACGAAGCCACAGCUGCAGCUCUCCGUAAGAAGCAGGCAGACAGCGUGGCAGAGCUGGGUGAGCAGAUAGAUAACCUGCAGAGAGUCAAACAGAAGCUGGAGAAAGAAAAAAGUGAAUACAAGAUGGAGAUUGAUGACCUCUCAAGCAACAUGGAGGCCACUGCAAAAGCAAAGGCUAACAUGGAGAAAAUGUGCCGCUCUUUAGAGGAUCAACUGAGUGAGCUAAAGACCAAGAAUGAUGAGCAUAUUCGUCAGCUGAAUGAUACUAAUUCUCAUAAAGCCAGACUGGUUUCUGAAAAUGGUGAAAUCAGUCGCCAGCUAGAAGAAAAAGAGUCUCUUGUUUCUCAGCUAACAAGAGGAAAACAGGCCUUUAUGCAUCAGAUUGAGGAGCUCAAAAGACACCUUGAAGAAGAAAUUAAGGCCAAGAACGCUCUGGCUCAUGCAGUUCAGUCGGCUCGUCAUGACUGUGAUCUGCUGAGAGAGCAGUAUGAAGAGGAGCAGGAGGCCAAAGGUGAGCUACAGCGUGCUAUGUCCAAGGCUAAUAGCGAGGUGGCUCAAUGGAGAGCCAAGUAUGAAACCGAUGCCAUUCAGCGCACAGAGGAGUUGGAAGAGGCCAAGAAAAAACUUGCUCAACGUCUCCAAGAUGCAGAGGAGUCAAUUGAGGCUGUGAAUGCAAAAUGUGGUUCUCUGGAAAAGACCAAACAGAGGCUGCAGGGUGAAGUGGAAGACCUGAUGAUCGAUGUAGAGAGAGCUAAUGCUCUGGCUGCUAACCUGGACAAGAAGCAGAGGAACUUUGACAAGGUUCUUGCUGAAUGGAAGCAGAAGUAUGAGGAAAGCCAGGCUGAGCUGGAAGGAGCUCAGAAAGAGGCUCGAGCUCUGAACACUGAGAUGUUUAAAAUGAAAAAUUCAUAUGAGGAAGCUCUAGACCAUCUGGAGACCUUGAAGAGGGAGAACAAGAAUCUUCAACAGGAAAUAAGUGAUUUAACUGAACAUAUUAGUGAAAGUGGAAAGACGAUUCAUGAACUGGAGAAGGGCAAGAAAAUGGCAGAAAAUGAGAAAGCAGAAAUCCAGACAGCCCUGGAAGAGGCUGAGGCUACAUUGGAGCACGAGGAGUCCAAGAUUCUCCGUGUCCAGCUGGAGCUCACCCAGGUGAAGGGUGAGAUCGACAGAAAAAUUGCAGAGAAGGACGAGGAGAUCGAGCAAAUCAAGAGGAACAGCCAGAGGGUGAUGGAGUCCAUGCAGAGUACUCUGGAUGCUGAGGUCAGGAGCAGAAACGAUGCCCUGAGAGUCAAGAAGAAGAUGGAGGGAGACCUCAAUGAGAUGGAGAUACAGCUGAGCCACGCCAACCGACAGGCGGCUGAAGCCCAGAAACAGCUGAGAAACGUCCAGGGACAGCUUAAGGAUGCACAACUCCACCUUGAUGAAGCUGUGCGAGCACAAGAUGACAUGAGAGAGCAGGUUGCCAUCGUGGAGCGCAGAAACAGCCUGAUGGUGGCUGAGAUCGAGGAGCUCAGAGCUGCUCUGGAGCAGACGGAGAGAAGCCGAAAAGUGGCUGAACAGGAGCUGGUGGAUGCCAGUGAGCGUGUCACACUGCUGCACUCUCAGAAUACCAGCCUCAUCAACACCAAGAAGAAGCUUGAGGCUGACUUUGUUCAGAUUCAAGGUGAGGUGGAGGAUGCUAUUCAGGAGGCGAGGAAUGCUGAAGAGAAAGCUAAGAAGGCCAUCACUGAUGCUGCCAUGAUGGCGGAGGAGCUGAAGAAGGAGCAGGACACCAGCUCCCAUUUGGAGAGGAUGAAGAAGAAUCUGGAGGUCACCGUGAAGGACCUGCAGCACCGUUUGGAAGAGGCUGAAAAUCUGGCCAUGAAGGGAGGCAAAAAGCAGCUCCAGAAACUGGAGGCCAGGGUUCGGGAACUGGAGGGAGAGGUUGAGGCAGAGCAGAGACGUGGAGCUGAAGCCAUCAAAGGUGUCCGCAAGUAUGAACGCAGAGUGAAAGAGCUCACCUAUCAGACUGAGGAGGACAAGAAAAACAUCACCCGUCUUCAAGAUCUGGUGGACAAACUACAGCUGAAAGUAAAAUCCUACAAGCGUCAGUCUGAGGAAGCUGAAGAGCAGGCCAACACUCAUCUUUCCAGGUACAGGAAAGUUCAGCAUGAGCUGGAGGAGGCCCAGGAGAGAGCUGACAUUGCUGAGUCUCAGGUCAACAAGCUGCGGGCCAAGAGCCGCGAAAUGACCAGGGGAAAGGAGUCUGAAGAAUGA